UCUCAUCGUUCUCUAAUCAAAACAAAAACAUCUCUGUGUCAGCUUAUUUUUCAGCUCCUCUAAAGGUUUUAUAAAUAUGACAGCGAUACCACGGACAAUAUAACAGUCACACGUUAUCAACAUGGAGGGGUUGAAAAACGCUAAGUCACGCUGACUAGUUUUAAAUCGAGCUUUUAAUAGGUUAGUGUUAGCUUAGCAUUAGCUUAGCAGUUAGCUCCUCUCCAUGGCGUCCUCCUCUUCCUCCGCGGGGCUCCCUCCUCUCGGACCCGACCGAUCUGCCUCCUCCUCCGGCUCUCACUCCGCUGGCAGGCCGCCUCUCCGUCCCCACCAUCACCCCCUACACCCGGCCCACUCCUCCCCGGGAUGUGUGCUCAUGGUGGAGUCAGUGGACGAUGCGGAGGGUCUGUAUGUUGCCGUGGAGCGAUGCCCGCUCUGCAGCACCUCGCGCCGCAGGCUGACCUGCGCGCGCUGCGUCCAGGCCGGAGACUUCGUGUACUUCGAUGCGAGGAACACUGAGAGAUACAUUGAGAAGUUGGAGCGACUGAAGAAGCUGAAGGAGGAAAAGCAGCAGCUUCAACAGAGUGCCAUCCAGAACAUGGACAAGAA